AUGUUUCCCUUCCCUCUCUUUCACUAUCUAUUGUUCUAUCUAGUCUUCGAAGUUUCUGCUCAAGGACCCCCUCCCCCUCUAGCGACAUCGACCAACUUGACCAAAGCCCGGUCAGAUGGAGAGAAAGCAUCGAGCGCUAGGUCCGCUAUAGAUAUACAGUUGACUGUUUCAGCAAUAGAUGCAAACGGAACGUUAACCUUCUAUGAUCCUCGUGGGUCUAUUGUUUUCAACGAGCAUGUCUACCCAACUCAAACCCUGCAUCUAGUUCAAAUAACACCCACUCUCUACUCCCAAAUGGCGGAAUUAGACAUAAUAACUCGCAAUACGAGUUAUCGAGAACUCCUACAAGAUCAACUCCCACGAUCGGCGGCAGAACUACUUGACUAUCUGGUACACGGAUACGCAGCCACUAAAGCAUAUAUUGCUUAUCGGGAUGACCACUUCCUGACGUUGGCACAACAAUUAUGGGAAGUCGGGAGAGCGUAUUGUAUCUCGGAUGAAGACAUCGAAGCAAAGAAGAAUGCGAAAAAGACCUCGUCUCUUCGAACUGAAUGCGAUGGGAGUGAGCUCAUUCCUAGUCCUUUUUCCGACAAGAUAAUAACCAAGUUUGAAUGCGUUGGUCACAGAAUCCUUACUGGAACUGACAUUAUUGACAUCAAGACAACAAACUUAACGAACGGGGAGCUUCAGUAUCGAGCUACCUCGGCUUUUUUUACUCUAUCGGCGGUACUGGCCGAAGCGACGUCGAACACUACCUGCAUCAAAGCUGCAAAUCAGACCCUUCAGUUCCUCAAGAAUUUCGGCUACCUUCCACGUUCGAACGAUCCUUCAGACGAGAAAGGUAUCCUCGCCUUGGAUAGCGAUCCACCUUGUCAUAGCGCUUCCUAUGAGCUAUGGUAUCCUACUACCGGGGAUAUUAUUGAAGGGCUCUCCAUUCUCGCGUCUCUGCAGGACGAUGCAGCGACUGACAGCGUCCUCCCUGACGCAAUCAAUUCGUCCACUCUGUACCGGAACACUCAACGGUCAGAUGGCGUUAUUCAAAUAGCGGAGAUGGGUGGCUUCCCGAUGAGCGACCCGUUUCUGGUGCGCGGGCUUGGGACGGCAUAUAGGAAUAAUCACAUCGAACCUGGUAUGCGUGAAUAUAUCAAAGAUUUCAUAAAUAUUCAGUGCAACUACCUACUGGAUGACGCAAUUCUCCAACAGUCGAACGUGUAUAUGGACUCCGGGGCUGGACUGCGACCACCAGCAUCGACUCUCAGCCCGGUAAACCAGACAUACGCUGUUAUGGUGUUUGUCCAGGCUAUCGCUUCUGCCAACGGCACAGGCGUUGGUGAUCCGUCGUCGUCCAACCCUCCGGUAACACCUGGAUCAGGGUCGGGAGGCGGAACCACAAAACCUUCCAAAACGGGCGCGAUAGUAGGGGGUGUUGUAGGAGGUGUAGCCUUCCUUGCCUUGCUUGCGGGACUGAUAGCGUGUCUUUUCCUUCGCAGAAGGAAGCGGGAACGAGAAUCACUCUCGAUAUACCAGACUUCUCCAUUUCACCUAUCAGGGUCUAACGAGAUGGACGAGUCGAGUCUGACAUUGCCAACAUCUCCGGUAAUACAUGUCAAAUCCCGGUUGUUAAAGGCUAGGUAUCCUGCACCGACAACUCUAAUAAAUCCUACAAGUCCAGCUUCUCCAGUGUCACCGGGAAUACGAGUUAAAAUCCACUUGGACCCUCCGCGUCCUCCAACAGAUCUAGAGUCCUUCGUUGCGACUGCUGAUGAAAUCCCAAGAGCAGAACUUUCCCCAGAAAACGUGGAUUCUGAACCGCUUAACGACGAUCCCCAUGCGAGAUUCCAUGCCAUGUCGACGACGGAGAUGAUUAGAGUCUUGAAUGCGCGUGUUCAAGCAGGACGGUCCAAUAUUCAUACGGAAGGGCCGCCUUCGUAUCCGCACAGCGAGGUUGGUACUCAGGCCUAA